UUUUUAUUUUAUUGAGAGUGAGGUUCUAUGGCACAAGCUUUGGUACACAGUAUCAUCCCAACAGCAUUCCUUGGCUCGUGUGCCAUAUUUGGUAGCCUCAGUCUUGCCGCUCUGUAUGCCGAGAGGAGAAGUAUGCUGUUCUUGGGAGGUUUUCUGAUUUAUGGACUCAACAUGUUGGUAAUGAUGCUGUUCUUCAAUAUAUUAUUCCUGGGAUCUUACAUGGUCUUCCAGCUGGAUGUGUACGGUGGUCUCAUUCUGUUCUGUGGGUUCGUUCUCUUUGACACCCAACUGAUUGUGGAGCGAUUCAACAACGGAGACAACGACUACGUCCGUCACUCUCUAGACCUCUUCCUCGACUUCAUCAACAUCUUCCGCCGUCUGCUCGUAAUCCUGGCCUCCAAGGAGAAGAAGAGGAAGAACUAACUACACAUUAUGCUGUUCUCUGGGUGAUAGAGACUUCAACAGUAGCUGUUGUAGCACUAUAAACACCAGAAAUUACCAAUUGUACCAAAAAACCUACCCAUGUACCAUUUUUGUGAUAAUUUUGCUGCUAUAUAAUAAAGAUGUC